AUGAUGAGUGGCGAUGACCAGGACACAUUUGAUUCGGACAUGGUCAGCAGCAAGAAGCCCCACCACCGCGGCAUCAAAUUUGACGAAACGUCCAAACGGCAGGUUGCCGGCUUAACGUGUCAGUUCGUCGAUGUCAGUCUAUCCAUAGUUGGCAGCAUCUUCCCAGUUGCGAACACCGUUCACGACAUUGUUAACAUGUUCAAACCGGACUUCAAACAUGUAGAGAUCUUAGAGAAUUUCAACGAAUUGAAGGGAAUGUUGAAGAAGAUUUCGAUGAGACUUGAACAAAACAACACGGAAGAUAAGUGGGACCACGUUAAAACGAGGUUCGUUGAGGCCAUCUCCAACUUGGAAUACUGCGUCAAACUGUCAUUUUUCGCAAUGCAAGCUGACUCCGAAUUGAAAAAAAUCAGCUGGUUGGAGAAGUUGAACGAGAAAGGAAGCGUUCUGGAAUCUUCAUUGGAGCAUCUUUUCGACGGGUUGUCAUCGUGCGAACGAGGUGUUUGCGACUUUCACGAUGAAAUUCUCAGCGUUUAUUACAUUUACUCCAGAGGUCACAAGCUCAAAAUGGAGAAACUUUGUGGUUAUCUGAUACAAAUAAUUUUGAACAGCUUGGUGGCUCACUGCAUACAGUUGGCAUCCAGCAAGGGCGUUGAUUGGUGCUUGGAGGUUGUUACAAAGUUCAACUACGAAGCUAAAUUGGAUGCCUCCUUGAAGAAUAUGAUUCAGUUUGUGGACAAAUGUGUGAAAGAGUGCAACGUAAACAUCAGGGAAGAUGCCAGAGAGAUUUUGUUCAAGCAGAAGUUAAACAGCGACGAAGUUAUGAUAAAAUUGACCGAAAAGUUUGAUCGCAAAUACGUCUGGCUGGACGUUUUUUUCAUUCUCUACCAGGCAAAAGGUUCCAAAUUGAAGUUGAAACACGUGGACAGCGAGAACAACUUACGACCGAAUGUGCAGAGCAGUGACGAGUGCGAUGGAUUGGAAGGGACUGUUGUCAAAGAUGGAGACGGUGAGAUCUCCGUGGACGAACAUUUCAUCACCGUAACUAAAUCCGAUGUUGCCACAAAUUUGUGGGACGAAACGGAUUGCGCGAACUUUGCAGACGAUAAAAACUUCAUUUUAGUUCUUUUCAGCCAGUUAAAAAAUGAAAACACUCGGAAUGUUUCUUGGAUCGCGUACAAAAAAGCUGAGAAAAUUGUAAACGAUUCACUUCAGUUCACAUCAAUGAGCGCGUCGCAAAUAAACCAGAAAAUCAAAAAAGAGCUGUUGAAAAACGAGAUACAAUUUUGGGGACUUGCGACGAUGAAAAGUUCGGACGUGUUGGGUCAGUCCCUCUCCCACAUCAACCGGUCCAGUUUAAAUGUGGAGAACUCCUUAAUAUGGAUCUGCAAACACCGCUACACGUGCUGUCUUCUACUAGCUGCCUGAUGAAAUAGGUAUUUAUAUUGUAUAUUACGGCAACAAGACCUUCCAAUAAAUCUAUCGAGUCAAGUUAAAUUUUAGUAUAGUAACCAUGAAAAGAAGAAAGAUGGAUUUGGCUUCCCAAUAUAAUUAGCAUAUCAAAUCUACGACCCAUUUAGCAUAUUGGCGAGUUUCAUGUCAUUACUAACAUGUAACUUAACCUAGGAAUUAAACUAUAACACUUGAAAUCAAAUGUAUAACCCAUCCCUUAUUUAGUAUCUUUCGGACUGGGACGCACUUCAUCUAUAUAAACGACUAAAACCAAAAAUCCAAAUUAACUUCAGGAUAAUACUCAAUUCGGCUUUCCAUCAACCGUUGAUCAUUGCAAAAAAGACGUUAGCAAGCCAUAGCUAGUAGAGAAAAAACUGAUGGAUUUUUGGAUGAAUGGAUGAACUAAUAGGAUAAAAGAAUGAAUGAAUUAAAGAAUGAAUAGAUAGGAUUUAUUAUUUUACUUAAUUUUUAUCCAAACAACAAAACAAAACUAAUCUAAAAA